GCCUUCCCGCUCGCGCGCAACAGCCUAAAGCCCUAAGUCUAUGUCCGAGUCGUCUCUCUACUUGUUAUCCCGGAAUUAGGGUUUCAGGAGGCCAUCGCGCUCUCCAGAGAUUCAAGGUUGUUGAACUAUUCAAUUAGACUAUAGGGUUAGGGUUGUGAGGUAUUCGUUUUCUUAGGGGAAGGAUGUCGUCUCGCCCGGAGCUGCAGGCUCCACCAGAGUUCUUCUACAAUGACACGGAAGCCCGGAAGUAUACGACGUCUUCCCGAAUAAUCGAGAUCCAGGCAAAACUUUCUGAGAGAGCAUUGGAGCUUCUUGCAUUGCCUGACGAUGGAGUGCCUAAGAUUUUGCUUGACAUUGGGUGUGGGUCAGGGCUUAGUGGAGAGACUCUUUCUGAGAGUGGGCACCACUGGAUUGGCCUGGAUAUAUCACAGUCAAUGCUUGAUAUUGCUCUGGAACGUGAAACAGAGGGAGAUCUUUUGCUAUCAGAUGUUGGUCAGGGUUUGGGUCUGCGGCAUGGAGUCAUUGACGGUGCCAUUAGUAUCUCUGCGAUUCAGUGGCUAUGCAAUGCUGACAAAACAGUAAACAACCCAAGAUUGAGACUGAAGUCAUUUUUCAGUUCAUUGUAUAGAUGCCUUACUCGGGGAGCAAGAGCAGCAUUACAACUGUAUCCUGAAAACCAGGCUCAACUUGAGAUGAUCACUACUGCUGCAAUGGCUGCAGGUUUCGCAGGUGGUCUUGUUGUUGAUUAUCCACACAGUACUCGUGCCAAGAAAUACUUCCUCUGUCUAAUAUGUGGUCCACCAUCUAUAACUACAACUCUUCCAAAGGCCAAAGGCGAACAUGGAGAGAGUUGCAGUGAGGAGGGUAGCAGUGAUGAAGAUGAUGGAACUGUUAAUGUUGCUGAGAGACGUAGACCACGGAAGAAACAGAAAAUAACAAAGAAAGGAAAAGGACGUGAGUGGCUGUUGAAGAAGAAAGAGCAGAUGAGACGAAAAGGGCAUACUGUGCCUCCAGACACUAGAUAUACUGGUCGCAAAAGAAAAACCCGGUUUUAAUCCAACUUCUGUAUGUGUGUUCCUCUUAAGCAUCACUCAUGUUACCUUUUACCAGCCACUGCCUUUUGCUUUAGUCUGAUUCUUUUGCAGUCUACGAAAUCAGCUUAUUAGUCCUCAUAAUCAAGGGAAUGUUGAUUGUGAAUCAGAUUGUAAUUUAUCAUGGUAUCGGUUAUCCAAUGAGCAAAAAUUUUGUAGAACCACAACUUGCUGCUGCACGGAUGUGCUCUAGGGAUUGGUUUAGAAGGUUGGGAAAUUUGUCAUUGUGUAGCAUUUCCAUCA